GGGGGCUGGGAGCCAGGCAGAAAAGUGUCUGCCGAAGACUCACAGGGCACCAGGGAGACUAAAUGACUGCUGUCCCUUGUGGACAUGGGGAAGAAGUUGGUGAUGGCUCAGAAGCGGGGAGAGACCCGAGCCCUUUGCCUGGGUGUGGCCAUGGUGUUGUGCGCCGUCAUCACCUACUACAUCCUUGGCACGACCAUGCUGCCCCUCUACCAGAAAAGUGUGUGGACCCAGGAAUCCUUGUGUCACCUGAUUGAGACCAACAUCAGGGACCAGGAGCAACUGGAGGGCAAGAAAGUGCCCCAGUACCCGUGCCUGUGGGUCAACGUGUCAUCCGUGGGCCGGUGGGCCGUGCUGUACCACACAGAGGACACUCGGGACCGGAACCAGCAGUGCUCCUACAUCCCAGGCAGCCUGGACAACUACCAGAUGGCCCGGGCCGAUGUGGAGAAGGUUAGAGCCAAACUCCACGAGCGCCGGGUUUUCGACUGCUUCUCCACGACUCGGGAGAAUGAGACGAGUGUCCUGUAUCAGCGCCUCUACGGUCCCCAGACCCUCCUCUUCUCCCUCUUCUGGCCCACCUUCCUGCUGACCGGUGGCCUCCUCGUUAUCGCCAUGGUGAAGAUCAACCAGUCCCUCUCCAUCCUGGCAGCCCAGAAGUAGCCCCAUCCACACCACAUCACUGCUCGGGCCACCAGGGGCUGGAUGCGUCCCCAGGCUGUUCCUCACUUGUGUCCCCAUGCCUCCUCCCCCUG